AUGGCGGUGUACUGCGACGAGGUUUGCAAACUCGAAGACAAGUUCGACGGGCUGGAGCUCAACCACGUCGCAAGACGUUUCAACAAGGCGGCUGACAAACUGGCGAAAGCGGCAUCCGGCCAAAAGACCGUCCCUGACGGCAUCUUUGACAGCGACCAAUACAAGCCCUCCAUCCGCUACAAGGAACCGGGAGGGGUCGGCGACACGCCACCUAUCCCAGGCUCGGGCGCCAACCCGGGAGAGGACGGCAACGCACCACCUGUCCCGGACUCGGGCGCCGACCCGAGACGAGUCGGCGACUUGCCACCUGUCCUGGACUUGGAGGCCGACCCCUCCGACCCUGAGGUCAUGGAGAUCGACGCGAACCUAGUAGAGGGGCCCGAUCCUCCGCCUAACUGGAGAGUGCCAUACCUCGACUACCUCAUCCACGAGACGCUCCCAACGAACAAGACGGAGGCGCGCAGGAUUGGAAAGGCGUUGAUACAAGAUAUCCACACCGGGGCCUGUGGUCACCACGCCACGCCAAGAACCCUCAUCGUGAACGCUUUUUGA